AUGGGCGUUUUCGGCAAGAAAAAGGACACCGGCGAUGACGCCGGCAGCCGCAAGGCCCUCUUUGGCAGCCGCAAGGAGAAGGCCGCACCCGCAGCAAGCAACCCAUACGCCGCCGCGCCGGGCAAGGACCCCUACGCACAGCCGCCGCCGCCGCAGUACUCGGGCCCCGACGACGGCUUCCGCGCGGACAAGACGCCCGCGGUGACGGGCCCCGGCCAGCAGUUCGGCGGCGGCCGUGGAGCCGGCGCGGGCUACGGCGCCCAGGGAGGCAGCUACGGCGCCCAGAGCGGCUACGGGAACGACCGCUAUGGAGGCUCGCCUGCACCGCAACAGAGCGCACGCGGACCGGGCGGCUACGGGGGCCUCGGCCGCACCGACUCGAACGACACGGACGUCAACCGGAGCGACCUCUUCGGUAACGCUGCCCAGCGCCAGCAGGAGCAGCCCCAGCAGCCUCAGCAGGGCGGUGGCUACGGGCAGCCUGGGGGCUAUGGACAGGCGACUCCUGGUGGCUACGGCGCCAGCUCGGGCGGCUACGGCGCGUAUGGCGACCGCGAGCUGACGGCCGAGGAGCAGGAGGAGGAGGACAUCAGCGCGACCAAGCAGGAGAUCAAGUUCAUGAAGCAGCAGGACGUCAGCAGCACACGCAACGCGCUCCGUCUGGCCCAGCAGGCCGAGGAGACGGGCCGUGACACGCUUGCCAGGCUCGGCGCGCAGGGCGAGCGCAUUCACAACACCGAGCGCAACCUCGACCUUGCAUCCACGCAGAACCGCAUCGCCGAAGAGAAGGCGCGCGAGCUGAAGACUCUCAACAAGUCCAUGUUCGCCAUGCACGUCUCCAACCCCUUCACCGCCUCCUCGCGCCGCGAAGCCCGCGACCAGAAGAUCAUGGACAACCACCACCGCGACCGCGAAGCCCGCGACGCCACGCGCCGCGCCGCCUGGGAGUCGUCGGCGCGCCAGGACGACCAGUCCCGCUCCGCCGCGGGCUUGUCCGGACCCGCGGGCAAGUCGUCGCUCGCCGAGCGCGCAAAGUACCAGUUCGAGGCCGACAGCGACGAUGACGAGAUGGAGAACGAAAUCGAUUCCAACCUCGAUGCGCUGCAUGGCGCUGCCAAGCGGCUUAAUCAGCUUGGCAGGGCGAUGGGGCAGGAGGUUGAUACGCAGAAUACGCACAUUGACCGCAUCAUUGGAAAGACGGAUAAGGUCGACGAUCAGAUUGCUAUGAACAGGGCAAGGCUGGAUCGGAUCAAGUGA